AUGCCGAAUCUCUUCUCCUCAUUCGCCAGUCACGCGAGCGACGAUAAUGGCGUGCACGAGGGGCUCCUUGACGAUACAACAUCUCCCAGGCGUCCACGGAGGCCUUCUCUUUUGAAAAAUAUACGGGGUUGGAGGAGAAAUAAUGGAGAGAAUAUUGAUGACACGUCGAUGCCUCAGACUGCUCCCACGGAGCUGGCCAACAUACCCGAAUACUUUUCACAGCGCAGGCCAAGCUUGCCGGACAAUGUUCCCAACAUCAAGCGCGCAAUACCGUCGCUUCCUCGUCCCUUGACGUUUCGCAGACAAGAGUCUGAGCGGCGAGAAAAGCUGCUGCCUGUUGAGUCGAGUGUGGGUGAACGUCGUGCAUUGAGUGCAGAUCGGCGAAGAUGUCGUGGCGCCAGUCCUUCGCAACGGACGCGAUCACCAAAGACAGUGCCCCUCCCUGCCACGGAAGUGGAAGUGGGAGUUCUUGACGACCUUUCGUCGCCUGGCCAUCGGCAGGUUGGUGAUACCAGUUCUUCCAAACGAUUGAGGCAUGACUUGCCACCUCUGGAGAUCCCAUCCAACACUGAAGAGCCCCCGUCAUUCGACUGGGGCGAUUGUGAAAGAAGUGUGCUUGACAAUGCCUCCCUUCAGGAGGAAUUCGACCAACGAUGGAUCCUCAACCUGAGCAUGCACUUCCGGGACAAGAGUAAUCGAGAAAAGUUCUUUGUCACCUACGCAGCAUUACCCAACCAGUGGAGACGGCUCACCGUGUCAUUGGACUAUCGAAACGCCCCUCCCAAUUCUCUCGAAGCAGAUCUCAGCACUUUGGGCUACCAGCGUGACAAGAGUUUGCGGAUCUAUGAAGCGAUUCGCGAGUCUCUCGCCGACAUCCAGUUCUACGACACCGUGACGAACCUCAAGCUCGAAACGACCCCUGACGACGGCCAGUUGCAUGUGUAUGUCCGCGAAGACACGAAUGAAACCAUUCAAUAUCCCGCCUUGUCCCUUUUCAAUCACAUUAGAUGUCCUCGGGUCAACGAAAAGGGCGUUGAUCUCGAGUCUCAUUUGAGCGGCUUCGUUUACAAGGUCCGARUUGGAGACCGCGUGAUGAUCAAGAAAGAGAUCCCUGGUCCAGACGCGAUAGAUGAGUUCCUGUACGAAGUCAACGCGCUUGAUUCUUUGCUUGGAUGUGACAACGUCGUGCAGCUUGAGGGACUUGUAACUGACGAUCGAGGAGAACUUGUCAAGGGUCUCCUCAUUUCCUACGCCUCUCAAGGUCCGCUGGUGGACAUGAUCUACGAUCUCCGCGGUACCUCUCAACUACCUUGGCAUAGAAGAGAGAAGUGGGCUCAGCAGAUCGUCGGUGGACUUGCUGAUAUCCACGAAGCUGGCUACGUGCAAGGCGACUUUACACUUUCAAAUAUCGUCAUUGACGACGAUGACAACGCGAUCAUCAUCGACAUUAACCGCAGAGGCUGUCCUGUAGGAUGGGAGCCUCCCGAAUUGAGCAGACUGAUUGACAGCGGUCAGCGUGUCGGAAUGUGCAUCGGCGUCAAGACGGAUUUGUUUCAAUUAGGGAUGGUCCUCUGGGCUCUUGCUGAAGAAGUCGAUGAGCCGGAACGAGUGGAGAGGCCUCUGCCAUCUGUUGUUGACGACAUCCCGGACUACUAUCGUAGAAUUGUCAAGACUUGCUUGAGAGAACGACCUCAAGGCCGCCUGGGCGCGAACGAGCUCCUUCGACAAUUUCCCAGUACAGCUGGACUUCCACCGAGAUCUCGAUCUUUUGUGGGAUUCCGUCGAGACAUCUCUCAAGCUGAUGCCCCGGCUAAGAAGCAUCGUUCAGAUAAGGAAUACAUCGAUCCUAAGAUGGCUGUAACAAUCGACGAUGUCAAAGAUCGAAGGCGGUCUGGAGCUGCAAGCUCACAAGUUGGAUCGGAUCAAGUCAUCUAUGUUGAUCCUCAUUCUAAUCCUGCAUCUACAAGCUAUCGGGUUGAAAGUACCGGGUCUUGGGUUGUUGGGAGACGAAGUCGUGGAAGAUCGCCUGUUUCGAGCAGAAGGAGGAGGAGCUCACCGUAUGGGAGGUCGGUCUCGAGUGCUACUUCGCUCUCUGAUGAAGAAUCUCCCCAUCGACGAAGUCGCCCAAGUCAUGCGGACAGCGAACCAAGAAAGUCACAGCAGCUGAAGUCGACGUCUGCCUUGGAAGCAGAGCCAGUUGGAAUUUCAAAUGAGAGGGCACAUAGCUGUCCUGCGAAAGAGGAUGAUGUGCCCGCCUCGAUUCGAAGUCGCGUCGCGUUCCAACAUACCGAUUCCGGAUUCGAGGAGACGAGAAAAGAACCGCUCUUCGGCGACGAUGCUGCCGCCGAAGAACAUCGUGAGCGGUUAGAUAUGAUGUCGCCAAUCUCGCCGAGCUCAUAUUAUAUACCCACCUCAUAUCUCAGGAGCGCAGACCCGGGGCAUCGCCCACGAACGCCCUCCUAUGCAGGAGCACAGCUGGAAGAACGAAGUGGAAAUCUUAUGGAUAACGAAAUGAAUGACUGA